AUGUCGGUGGUGCUACGUUUUAAGCCUCAACUCCGACAUGUGCCACAAUUGAGUGGUGGCUUGGUCCGCUUUCUGGCCUCAAAAGGGGGAUUGCCGCAAGUGACGGAAUUUUCCCAGUUUGAGCAAAUGAGAAAGAACAAAGAAGCCUUCAUUAUCGAUGUCAGAGAACCCGAAGAGUUGACGGAGCAUGGUUCGAUUCCGGGCACUGUAAAUAUUCCUUUGGGCGAUUUGCAAGAGUUCUUUGCUCUGGGGGAUAAGGAGUUUCACUCACGAACGGGCUUCCCCAAGCCGAAGUCGGAGUAUCCAAUCGUCACGUUUUGUAGGAUUGGUCAACGAUCAGCAACGGCCCAACAACUUUUGCAAGAUAAGCUGGGUUUCGACAAUGUGUCUAACUAUUUGGGAAGUUUUACUGAAUGGAACAAGAAGGCAACCAAGUGA